UUCAGUGAAUCUAACAAUCAUCCAGCAAGGGAAGCGACGAUUGGAGCAAACUUCCAUCUCACUGGAGUUGUGUAGCCAAAUGUAGGAUACUAUUUAAAAAUGUUCACUAGAAAGAAAAGGGAAUUGAACAAAAAGACAAUUUCAAAGAAGAGUCAGGGGGAAAGCUUUGGGUCCCACAACUCAUCACCAACUUACCUCAAGGAACAAACCACUAAAGAUGGCGUCUUCGACAUCCACCUCCCUUUACAUCCCUCCGUCCAGGACACGCAGGCUCCUUGCUGCCCCACAACCCCCUGUCUACUACACCCCAGGCUGGCCACAGCCCACAGCUCUUCACACAUCCCUGGGGCCUUACUCAAACGGCCCACACUCCUGAGCCGAAAUGCCAGUGCGGCUGGCUUUCCCCUACAGGUGGCUGGAGCCUGGGUUUUCAGUAAGACCCAAAGGAAGGGAGUGAGCCGGGCCUCCAGCCCAACCACAGAGGUCUCAGAAGUGGGUAUCGAGGUGGAUGACAUCCCCCAUCUGCUCCGGGAUGUGGCUCAUUUUGCUGAGGCCGUGGACAGGCUAAAGGAGAUUGUUUUGGGGGAAGACAGGCUGGUAGAUGAACUCUCUGACAGCCACCUGGACCGUCGCACCCAGGCCCAGGAGUGUUUGGGAGAGGUGUUACGUGUUUUGAGACAGGUGAUUGGUACAUACCCUCUCCUCAACACUGUGGAGACCCUCACUGCUGCUGGGACACUCAUCUCCAAAGUCAAAGGGUUUAGUUACGACAACAGCAGUGACAAGCGCCGGCAGGACUUUGACAAGGCCAUUGAGACCAUGGCUGUGGCUUUCAGUAGCAAUGUGUCCGAACUCUUGAUGGGGGAAUUGGACAGCAGCACCCUCCUGUCUCUACCUCUAACAGACAGGAGCCGGUCUGUGGAGAACCUACAUGACUUAGACUGUGUCCAGGUGACACACUGCCAGUGCCAAGAGAGGAGUAACCAGGAGGACUGCUGUAUGCUGAGUGGGGAGAAGGUGGACCUCCUACUGCAGUUGAGCAAGGGAGGAGUGGACUUGGCUUUCUCCUAUGCUAAGGCUGUGUCCAGAUAUAUAAAAGACGUCAUCAGCUACUUAGAGAAACGGACUGCUUUAGAGAUGGAGUUUGCCAAGGGUCUUCAGAGGCUUUAUCAGUCUUGUAAGCAGACUAUUGCACAGCCCCACAUGCCAUUCUUCUCCAUCUACUCCCUGGCUCUGGAGCAGGACUCAGAGCAAAGUGUUGAGGUGCAGCAGACGACUGCAUCCAUACAGACGUUUUUACAGCAUCUCAUGCAGUGUAAGCAGGAGCAUGAAAGGAGAUGUAGAGAGAUCCGAGAGCAGUGGCAGAGGCCUCAGAGAAAACUGAUUGAUGCGGAGAGUAUUCUGCGUAAGGCUCAAGGCUUGUACAUGAUUCGCUAUGAAGAGUAUGACAAGGCCAGGAGCCGGGCGGAGGAGGAGCUACAAGUUGGAGGGGGUGGUCCUAAAGCAUUGGAACGGAAGAGGCGAUUGGAGGAGGAGGCCAGGGCUAAGGCUGAGGAGGCGGAGGCUGUGUACCGUGCAUGUAUAUCUGAGGCAGAGGCACGACUCCAGGAGAGAGAGCAGACUAAAAUAAGCACUCUCAGACAGAUCCAUGAUGUCAUUAGACACACCGACCACACCCUCAGAUCUGUCACGGUUUCCUACUACCAGCUGAUGCACAUGCAGACGGCGGCCCUGCCUCUUCACUACCAGACCCUGUGCGAGAGCACCAAGCUCUACGAGCCAGGACAACAGUACGCCGCUCACGCCCGACUCCUGCACACCGGCCCAGAGAACGCCAGGCUUCUGCUGACAAACCCAGAACCUACAGCUCACUUCCGCUUCGAAGCCUACUCCACAAACCAGCUCCCUGGACGCACGCGCAAAACCAGCUCUACCACAGAAGCACCUAACUGCAUGGGGGAGGAAGAGGAGAGGGCUGGAGACAUUGUCACACAGAGGGCCUGCCAUGGUUAUCAGACACUUAAGUCCUGGCCAUCAACGAUGAGUGACUCAAACAGUCUGGGAGGAGUCUAUGUUCUGGAGACACCCAGCACAGAAAUAUGUGUUUCAGGGAUCCUAACUAAAGCCGACGAGGAGCUGGUGGAGCCUGAUGAAAAUGUCGACUCAUUUGAACAGGAGCCAGAGAUGGCCGUUCCCACCGGUCCCUUCCGAAAUGUGCGAAUGUCUGAGGCAGCGAGGACCCACCGCCUUCGCAAACUCCGUACGCCCGCUAAAUGCAGAGAGUGUGACAGCUAUGUGUACUUCCAGGGUGCAGAGUGUGAGGAGUGUCUGCUGGCAUCCCAUAGGCGUUGCCUGGAAAGCCUGGCUAUCCAGUGUGGCCAUAAGAAGCUACAAGCUCGUCUGUCGCUGUUCGGCAGGGACUUUAAGCAGGGGCUGGGAGACCUCGAUGGUGUGCCCCUGGUCAUCAGGAAGUGCAUCACGGAGAUCGACAGCAGGGCUUUGACGAUGAAGGGUAUCUACCGUGUGAACGGUGUGAAGACACGUGUGGAGAAGCUUUGCCAGGCCUUUGAGAAUGGAAAGGAGCUGGUGGAGCUGUCUCAAGCCUCGCCUCAUGAUAUCAGCAACAUACUGAAGCUCUACCUCAGACAGCUGCCAGAGCCUGUCUUCCCCUUCUGUCUCUAUCCGUCUCUGAUGGGGAUGGCCAAGGAAAGCCUGCUUUCUGAAUCUCCUAGCCCAGAGGGAGGUGUUCUGACAGACAUGGGUCCUGAGACUCCCACGGAGGUCCUAAAUCUGGUCCACAAACUGAGGGAGUUAAUACAAAAGAAGCUUCCCAAGGCUAACAUAGCCAUACUGCGCUAUAUUACAAAGCACCUGCGCAGGGUCUGCGGGUGCGAGCAGGAGAACAAGAUGAGUGCCAGUAACUUGGGCAUUGUGUUCGGCCCCACCCUGAUGCGCCCCCGUCCUUCCGGGGCCACCGUGUCUCUGUCCUCCCUCGUGGACUACCCCCACCAGGCACGCAUCGUGGAGACCCUCAUAGUCUUCUACAGCACGCUCUUCCACGAAGCCUCCUGCAGCACCACAGAUUCCCCCCCGGCCCUAAGCCAGGACAGUGGAGGUGAGGACUGGGUAGACUGUGGAGAUGUCUACGGGGGAGACGAGGGAGAAAGCCAUGGAGGGGACGAGGGAGAAGCCUACAGGGGACACGAGGGAGAAGCCUACAGGGGAGACGAGGGAGAAGCCUACAGGGGAGACGAGGGAGAAGCCUACGGGGGAGACGAGAGAGAAUGCUACGGGGGAGACGAGGGAGAAAGCCAUGGAGGGGACGAGGGAGAAGCCUACAGGGGAGACGAGGGAGAAGCCUACAGGGGAGACGAGGGAGAAGCCUACAGGGGAGACGAGAGAGAAUGCUACGGGGGAGACGAGGGAGAAGCCUACGGGGGAGACGAGAGAGAAUGCUACGGGGGAGACGAGGGAGAAAGCCAUGGAGGGGACGAGGGAGAAGCCUACAGGGGACACGAGGGAGAAGCCUACAGGGGAGACGAGGGAGAAGCCUACGGGGGAGACGAGAGAGAAUGCUACGGGGGAGACGAGGGAGAAAGCCAUGGAGGGGACGAGGGAGAAGCCUACAGGGGAGACGAGGGAGAAGCCUACAGGGGAGACGAGGGAGAAGCCUACAGGGGAGACGAGAGAGAAUGCUACGGGGGAGACGAGGGAGAAGCCUACGGGGGAGACGAGAGAGAAUGCUACGGGGGAGACGAGGGAGAAAGCCAUGGAGGGGACGAGGGAGAAGCCUACAGGGGAGACGAGGGAGAAGCCUACAGGGGAGACGAGAGAGAAUGCUACGGGGGAGACGAGGGAGAAGCCUACAGGGGAGACGAGGGAGAAGGCUACGGGGGAGACGAGGAAGAAGGCUACGAGGCAGACGAGGGAGAAGGCCAUGGAGGGGACGAGGGAGAAGGAUACGGGGCAGAAGGCUACGGGGGAGACGAGGGAGAAGGCUACGGGGGAGACGAGGGAGAAGGCUACGGGGGAGACGAGGAAGAAGGCUACGAGGCAGACGAGGGAGAAGGCCAUGGAGGGGACGAGGGAGAAGGAUACGGGGCAGAAGGCUACGGGGGAGACGAGGGAGAAGGCUACGGGGGAGACGAGGGAGAAGCCUACGGGGGAGACGAGGGAGAAAACAGGACAAAUUUACUAACCAACAGCAAUGAGACACCAAAUAACCACUCAGGAAGAUCAGUGAAUUCAGACUCAGAGGAAGACCUGAACACUGGAAAUAUCAACUGAGGAAAAUUAGUCACUACACUGACUGGAUUUCUUAUUGCUUUCCGAAAUGUAAUGUUAAUUUAAUUUCAUGUUUUUUUUCCCAUCAGUUUUGCCAAAAUGCACCACACCAAUGUUCUUGUUAUAUCUUGGACAAAUACAAGGAAGGAAUGAGUGAGAUUCAGUAUUUCUUGAGUUAACUGUGUGCUAUUUCCUGGCCACCCUUGUUAUGCAGUAUUAUUACACUGUGGGUUUAUGCUCUAGCCUGACCUCUACCUUCAUGUGCUCACAAACACUUCAGCACUGCUGCUUGGUAUGUGCUGGAAUAUUUUUACAUUGUUACAGUCUAGUAUUACUUUUUUACAAGUGGUGACAUUAAAUACCAGUUUAGCAAUA